CCUAAUUUCUUUAUAAAACCACCUGAGGUCUAAUCAAUAUCAUAAGCUGACGUAUGUCACUCCCAUCCGCAACCAAGGUGAUCGAUCGUAUCUUCAAUUCAUCACAAUUCUCAAGAUUUCUUCUUACAAUAAUCUCACUUUCAAUAUGCAUCCUAUCAGAUUCUUCAAGAUUGUUACUUCAACAAAUCUUCAAGAUGGAAAUAUUAGAAUUCCAAAUGCUUUCACUCAGAAAUAUAUUGGUGAUUUAUCAAACAUAAUGUUUCUCAAGACUCCAGAUGACAAAGAAUGGGAAAUACAUUUAACUAAAAAGGAUGGUGAUAUUUGGAUUCACAAGGGUUGGAAGGAAUUCGCCGCACAUUAUUCAUUAGAUCACGGACAUAUGCUGUUGUUUCAAUACGAGAAAACCUCUCAUUUUGAAGUGCAUGUAUUCGACAAGAGUACCCUUGAAAUUGGAUAUCAUGUUUACGGCAAUAAUCAACAAAAACAUAAUAACACAAAUGAAAAUUUGAAUGAGCAACCUUCACGCAACAAGACUAGACCAAAACCACAAAUUUCAAGUUCUCAACCUCAUAAGAAAUCGAUAAUUGACACAUGCGAAGAAGUUGGAACAAGUUCCAAAUUGCAAAACUCGCCUAAACUUGUUCAAGUUAAAGAGGAGAAGGAUGGUUCCACUGAAUGCCUAAAUGUGAAGCAUUAUCAGGAGAAGAAGAAUUUUACUUCUAAAACUGAAAAAGCUUUAAUCAAAGCCAAAAACUACAAAUCUGAAAAUCCACUUUUCAUUGUUGUCAUGACAUCUUCCUAUACUAAUCAAUAUAUGUAUGUCCCUUUCGAUUUCGAACAAAAGUAUUUGAAGAAAGAUCAAAGCGAUAUGGUCCUUCGGGUCUUGGGCGAUGAUAGAACUUGGAUUGUUAAAUAUUGUCAAAGUAGAAUAAGUUCUGGAUGGAAAAUAUUUGCUUCUGAUAAUAAUUUGAAAGUCGGAGAUGUUUGUCUUUUCGAGAUGAUCAAUUACGACGCCUAUGCUUUUAGAGUACUAGUUUUUCGAGUCGACGAUGAACAAGGUUCCCCUCCACCACAAGUUCACAGAGAUCGAAUUAAUUGGGUAGAAACAGCAAGAAUCUCAAAAGUUGACAGUAAACCUAUUAUUUUACAUCGAGGAUUGAAAGCUACUCCAAUAAAUUCCUUGCAGGCUAGUCCACCCGCCUUUGCAAAAGUUGAAGCGGAACAAUUCGCAUCGACAUUGAAAAAUCCUCAUUUCACUAUCAAUUUAAGAUCAAGUCAUUGGGACGAAUACAAACCGCGUAUACCGAAUUCGUUCUCAAGGAAGUACUUGUGUUACCAAAACAACACUGUGAUGUUACAGUUUGAUGAAAAAAUCUGGCAGGUAGAAUUGGUGAGUUAUCCAUCCGAUCUGACGAGAAAGUUGAGUGUAGGUUGGAGUCGGUUUGCAGAUGAAAAUAAAUUGCAGGUGGGAGAUGUAUGUGUGUUUGAGCUCAUCAACAAGGAAGAUGCUGUGCUUGAUGUUCAUAUUUUCAGAGGUUGUAAUUAGGCAUUCGAUUCGCGAAGAUGUUACUACCGUGAUUUUUCGAAGAUUUGUCACUCCUUUGUAGAACUGACAUUUUGUUGUAGCUAUCAGUUAUGUAGAAGAUAGUUAGCAUUAAGCUUGCAAUAAUACUUUUGGAUAUAAGUAAAAUAAACAUAAAUUUCAGUA